AUGAAACUCUCCAAAAUCUUAUAUUUCUUCGCAGCCCUCUUAGCUCUCAACUUCAUUGCCCCAAGAGAUUACAAUAGCAUGGUAGAAGCAAAGCCAGCCAAAAAAUUAACACCAGCAGAAAGGAAAAAGAGAAAUCAAAAUAUAAUGAUAUACAGUUCUAUAGCCUCUGCUGUUGCUUUACUUAUUGGAGGUGCAGUAGGUUUAGGUAUUCAUUUACAUAAAAAUAACAAGGGAGACAACAAGAAAGGUACUCCAGGAGCAAAAAAAAAUGAUAACAAAGCAGUAAACCCAUCAAUAUCAAGUACCAUGUACAGAGCCUAA